GCGCUGCCGGAGCGCGUCCGGGCCGGGCAAGGGCAGCGCUGCCCCAGCGGCACUCAGGGAUAACGCCGGGCCCCGCAUCCAGGCAGCCGGACUGACGGACGGACGGACGGACGGAGCGCCGGGGUUCGGAUGCUGCGGGGGAAAGCGUGGGCAGUUGUUAUUUAGAUGUUGAUAUGUAAAGCAGAAUGGCAAAAAUCAACACCCAGCAUUCCUACCCUGGUACACACAGACUGUCUGUCAGAACUACUGAUGAAGAUAUCGAAAGGAUUGAAAAUGGCUACAUCAGAACCCAUCCACUGUGUGAGGAUGCAUCAUCAGAACUGCAGGGAGUCAUUUCUGUGGAGGGAAGACAUGCACCUGAAUYCCAGGGGAGCUCCUUCACUGGCAGGGGAGCAAUGGCAAGGCUGUCACGGUUUGUCUUGUCUGUAAGGUCGUGGGCCACAAGACACUCACACCAUGAAGACCAAAGGCCUGAUUCUUUCCUAGAACGCAUCAGAGGGCCRGAGCUCGUGGAGGUGUCUACCCGGCAAAGCAACAUCCGCUCCUUCCUGGGUGCCCGUGAGCGGCCCGGGGGACCAAACGGUCACUGGCCCUUGGCCAGGUUCAAUGUCAACUUUAGCAACAACACCAAUGAAGACAAAAAGGAAGAAAAGAAAGAGGUUAAAGAGGAGAAAAAAGAGGAGAAAAAAGAGGAAAAGAAAGAUGAAAAGAAAGAUGAAAAGAAAGAUGAAAAGAAAGAUGACAAAAAAGAUGCCAAAAAAGAUGAUAAAAAAAAGGAAGAGCCAAAAAAGGAGGUCUUUGUGAUUGAUCCUUCCAGCAAUCUGUACUACAACUGGCUGACCGUAAUUGCAGCACCCGUGUUCUACAACUGGUGUAUGUUGGUGUGCAGAGCCUGCUUUGAUGAGCUACAGAUGGACCAUAUUAAAAUAUGGCUGUUCUUGGAUUAUGUCUCUGAUAUUAUCUAUGUUAUUGACAUGUUCGUCAGAUUCAGAACAGGCUUUCUUGAGCAAGGCUUGCUAGUUAAGGAUGAGAAGAAGUUACGAAUACAUUAUACACAAACUAUGCAGUUCAAACUGGACGUGCUGUCUCUUCUGCCAACAGACCUGGCRUAUUUCAAGCUUGGUUUGAACUACCCCGAGCUCCGAUUUAACCGCUUGCUGAGGAUCGCUCGGCUCUUUGAGUUUUUUGACCGUACCGAGACCAGGACAAAUUAUCCCAACAUGUUCCGUAUUGGCAAUCUUGUGUUAUACAUUCUUAUCAUCAUCCACUGGAAUGCGUGCAUAUACUUUGCGAUAUCGAAGGUGAUUGGGUUUGGAACYGACUCCUGGGUGUAUCCCAACGUGUCCAUUCCGGAAUACGCGCGCCUGUCCAGGAAGUACAUCUACAGUCUGUACUGGUCAACACUCACGCURACAACCAUCGGAGAAACGCCGCCCCCCGUGAAAGAUGAGGAGUAUCUCUUUGUGGUCAUUGAUUUCCUGGUGGGUGUGCUCAUCUUCGCUACCAUUGUCGGUAAUGUUGGCUCCAUGAUUUCCAACAUGAAUGCUUCCAGGGCAGAGUUCCAGGCCAAAGUGGAUUCCAUUAAACAGUACAUGCAAUUCCGAAAAGUGACUAAGGAUUUGGAGGCCAGGGUUAUUAAGUGGUUUGAUUACCUCUGGACCAACAAGAAAACCGUAGAUGAGAAGGAAGUUCUCAAAAAUCUGCCUGACAAGUUGAAAGCUGAAAUUGCCAUCAAUGUCCAUUUGGACACGCUGAGGAAAGUGCGUAUAUUYCAGGAUUGUGAAGCUGGACUUCUCAUUGAACUGGUGCUGAAACUGAAACCUACGGUCUUCAGUCCUGGUGACUACAUUUGCAAAAAAGGAGAUAUUGGAAGAGAAAUGUACAUAAUUAAAGAGGGAAAAUUGGCUGUGGUGGCAGACGAUGGCAUAACCCAAUUUGUAGUCCUAAGYGAUGGCAGCUACUUUGGUGAAAUUAGCAUCCUAAACAUCAAAGGUAGCAAAUCUGGCAACAGGAGGACAGCCAACAUUAGGAGUAUUGGUUAUUCUGAUUUAUUCUGCUUGUCUAAGGAUGAUUUAAUGGAAGCCCUCACAGAAUAUCCAGAAGCCAAAAAGGCUCUGGAAGAGAAAGGACGUCAAAUUCUGAUGAAAGACAAUUUAAUAGAUGAGGAGGCAGCAAAAGCGGGAGCUGACCCAAAAGAUUUGGAAGAAAAAAUAGGAAAACUUGAAGUAUCUCUGGAUAUACUGCAGACUAGGUUUGCGAGGCUCUUGGCAGAAUACAACUCAGCACAACAAAAGGUGAAACAAAGACUUGCCAGAGUAGAAACCAAAGUGAAAAAAUAUGGUAGUGGCAGCUUAUCAGUUGCAGAAGGAGAGGGUGAAAAACCUGAGGAGGAGAAAAAGUAGUAACAUUUAUUCAAGAAAGUUGAAGCACUGAAAGCCAUAAAUGUAUGUAAAUAUGUGUGUGCAUACAUAGACAAGAUUAUUUUUAUAUGAACUCAAGAGAAUGGUUUUUAGCAUUUUUAACUGAAGCAGUAUUUUCCUGUAAAUAGAACACUGUCAGCUUCUUCAUGGGGGGAAAUUUGGCCUGGCACUUGGGUACUUUUUUGUACUGAGAGUGGGUUUCUUACAAGUCAUGCUCAGAAUGUCUGUUGUGUUUGGUAACUGUAGGUCUUGACAUGUUGUCUCCUCAUGUCACAGGUCAUGCAUUAAGAAGGCAUUGUACUUGAAAUAGAAGGGAUUAAUUUAUUUCCCUUUUUAAGAGCUUAAAAAUAUUUAUAGGGUACCGUGCUCUACCUUGCUACCUUAGUAGCUGAUUAAAUGCAUGGAUGGAUGUCUGGGUUUCUCAAAAUUUUUGUUCUUUCACAGUCUGUGCAAACACUUGGAUGACAGCUGAGCAGUGUCAGGUACCUGGCCAUUGCAAGGUACCCUGUACAUGGAAUAGCCACACAUUUGGAUGCUUUGGUCUGAUUCUCUAAUGAGCUGGGCUCUGCACAAAGACCAUGCUGACAGAGUAGCAGURCUCAUUCAUGUCCCUUCUGGCAGGGUCUGUGACAGCUUUUGCUGCACUGCAACUGCUUCACCAGGGCAAAGAGUGGGGGAUCCUCCCUUUUGUUUUUGUUUUUCUUAGCCCAGUUCCAUCCCCACUGGUAAAACCCUCACCUGGAGAGGAGUCCCCUAAAGCUGACUGGUGGAAAGCAUCUGGGGCAAUAUGGCAUCACCAAACCUGGGAAGAAAAAAGAGGGCUGUGGUGCAUGCAGCUCCUGUACGUCGGGUGCUCAGUGAACUCCCUGGCAUCAAGUGGGCAGUCCCCGAGGGAGACUACUGAGAAACCCCAUGGUUUCUGCAAYAGGGUUUCUGCAAGGUAGGGAGAACAAGCCCUGUGUUGCAAAGUCAUUCCUGUCACUUAGGCCUAUGUUUUCUUCCUUUUUAUUUCUUUUAACUAUGUCUGCUCCGUCUCCCUUUGCUGUCUACUGCCAUCUUUUCUCUGAAAUUGUCACACUACCAUGUUUUCAUUAGUUAGGGAGAAUGCAAAAGAUACUGGUUUUCAUCAUUUGUUGUAUUUUUCUGUCAUGCAACAGAAAAAUGCCCUUGUUACUUUCAUCCUGCCGUAACUCAUUGGCUUUUGAAAAGUAUGGAGUAACAGAGGCUGUUCAGCAUGUAUGGCCUGAGAUCCUCCAGUGGCAUUAGAUAUUACUAUGGAACAGUGCUCUCACUUUUACUUGUCUUCAGCCCUGACUUACGAUGGCAACUGGCAUGGAUGGCCUGUUGGGACAUUGGUGAGAAACCCACUGAGAAGAGGGUGGUUUAACUGGGUGGUAGUGGAAUGAAAAGAGACACUUUUUCUAAACUGAGUACAGCUGCUCAGAGUAAGCCCUUGUCUCCAGGCAAGCAGCUUUCUCCUUCUAUUGACACUGCUGAGCCUGGUGAKGGAGACAAACCUGUCAGUGAUUAAGGAAUGGAGCUUUGCCARCAGCCCUGGCAAAGGGAUCACUGGAUAGUAAUUUCCACACAUGGCCCACAUCUAAACUCCUGGUAUCCUUAGCCUAGAAGCCAAAUACACUUUUGAAUCUUCUGUAGACUGGACUUUACAGCUACUAUCAAAAAUCCACUGGUAGUAAUGUGUGUUUUGGAAAGUAGCCAAGGUCUGUAUGUGGCUAUUGGAACUCAAGRGUAUUGGUCUGUCAGCUGUACCUUGUCCUUAUUUUCUUUAAGGGCUUGAGAGAAAUGGGGAAGGUCUGAGAGGYUGCUUUUGGCAGGGGUGUAGUGCCCUUGGCCCCACCAGAGGCAGGCAGGGUUGAGGUGGAGCUGGACUCGUUGCAGGGUACCUCUGUGAGCACAAAUGGUGCYCUCACAGGCUGCUCAACUUGCAGCUUUCACCUGGUGACAGAGGCGGGCACUGUGCUCACUGUGGCUGAGUCACUGGUGUGUGACUCAAACCCACCAUGUCUGGCAGGGGUUUCGUGCAUGUCGACAUGUUCUCCAUCAGUCAUCAUUCUCUGUAAAUACCUUACUAUCUACCCAACAUAGCACAGCUGUUCCAGCCCACUAGGGAUGUAAAACUGUUUAAAGUACUCUUUGUACCAAAGUUACACCUGUUUAAAAACCCACAAACACAAGACUGCUUCUUUACCUGACRGAUCAGAACAGCCUAAUCUAUCAGAUAAAUACAUGUUUGCUCUUUCCUGUCUGUGCCUCUUGAUCUGGUUUUCAUAUGCCAGAAAGAGAGCAUUUKGAUGCUAUUGGCUUUGGUCACUUUGAAACAUACAGCUUCUGGCAUGAUGAAAUCACAUCCUUUGACAUCUUUUAUCUCUGUAAGAUGUUUUUUCCUCUUCUUUAAUGUGGCUACAACAUGUACAUUAAAAUAUUUUGAGUAAUGUUCAAGCAACUCUGUUUUCUCUURUCCAUAUCCCUCUAGAUUUUAGUGUUUCAUGACAGACUUUGAUCAUGUCAACAUUACAUAGCCUGGAAAUCGUUAGCUGGAACAGACAUCUGAAGUGACAAUAAACCAAGGGGGAAUGGUGGACUCCCCUCACUGCAGGGCAGCUGGCACACAGCUUUGGUUCCCGGGCCCGGUUUUGACACCGUCCCUGUGUUUGCAGACAGCACACAGACACAAGAACUCCACCAUUAUUCCACUGCCCAAGGGCUGCCAGGUCCCAUGGGGCGCAGAGCCUUCCAGGCUCUUCAUGCUGCUGCCACCUGUCUCCUGUCCUCCCC